UAACCGCUCCACUCCACCUUCUUAAUCACUCUCUUCUUCUUCUUCUUAAAAACCAAGAUAACGCACACCCACAUUUAAAUUCCACAUUUUUUUAUCAUAUUAUAUCCACCUCUCUCCCUCUCUCUUCCUUCUUCUUCUUGGUCGGUUCCAUUUUCUUGCUCUAAAAAUGGGUAAAGAAUCAGAUACCAUCAAAUCCCAGUUGGUACUGGAGAUUUGUUCUCUAUCCAACCGUUCCAUUUCUUGUGCUCAUAGGCAUCCUUGCAGGCCUUCUGAAUCACAUUUUAUCGACUGGUAUCACAUUCUUGGAGUAGAAGAAGAUGCAGAUAUUGAUGUUAUACGAAAGCGGUAUCAUAAACUUGCAUUGCAGCUUCACCCAGAUAAGAACAAGCAUCCCAAGGCUGAGAUUGCCUUCAAGCUAGUCUUGGAGGCUUACUCUUGUCUUUCUGAUAAUGUAAAGAGAGAAGCGUUCAACUUAGAGAGAUGGAAAAGCUUCUGUAUAGAGUGCAAUAGAGUUCCAUACAUCCGCUGUAGCUCUUUGAAUUGCUCAACAAAACUCCAGGAAAAGAAACCUGCAAACCGCUCAAGAUCAGGCCGAAUUUUGCAAGGCUGGAAGGAUAUCAGAGAGAGAUUCAAAGAGGAAGCUAAGGUAAUGGAGAACUGUUUGAAGGCUAAUGCCACAUUACGGAAUGAAUCCCCAUUGUUCAAUCCACCACAAAGCCUAUACAAGAGCAACACUCGUUGCAGGUCUCGAAGAGAAUCUCCAAUUUUUGAUCCAUCUGACUAUCAAUUUGAAGGCUACCCUCACGUCAGGAACCCAAUUCAAAAGAAACCUGAGGAUGUUUUGUACUCGCAGAGACAAAAUCCAUCAAAUUAUGACCAAGAAAAAGCAAGAUAUGUUUGUCCAAUAUUCGAGAACAGACCUGUCAGACGAAUAUUUAAGGCCAAAUCUGCUUGUGUCACUUCAUAAAUCAGAAUUAGGUGUUUCUCUUUCACUAGAUUUUGCUUGUCUGUCAAGGGAAAAUUGUUUCAUAUCCUGUUUGUUUAUAAUUUCGUCAGAUACUGCUAAA